AUGGAUUCGACGCGGUGCGCGACGUGCCGGGCCGUCGUGCGCGGCGGCGCGGCGACGUGCGCGGAAUGCGGGGCGCCGCAGGGCUACGAUUCGGAUUCGGACGCAACGAUUCGCGUCGACGAUGACGAUGAUGACGAUGAUUCUUCGCACUACGCCCGGGACGCCCGGGACUCGAGCGCUUCAGACGCCGACUCGAGCACUUCCGCCUCGUCCACGACUCGGCGUCGGCGGGAAGUCGAGUCGCGCGAGCGGGAGAUGGAGGAAUCGCCCGAGGCGUUGAAAUUGUUGUACAUGCUGAGUUUGUACACCGACGCGUCUCAGAAACAGUCGAAGUCGAAGUCUGCGGUUUCCAACAACAACAACAACAAACGUUCUCCCUGGAUUCGCGAGCUGCCGCUCCUGGUGCUCGUGUACGAGGGCAUCGUGCGAAACGCGGUGUUCGAUUACGAUUACGCGCCAAAAUCAGAAAAGAUAUUUGGAGCGUGUCCGAGGUAUUUGAACGUCUCGGAAGAGGGACGAGACGAUUUAGACGAUUUGCGUGAGCUUGGUUUCAUCACGGCGCUCAAGGUGACGAGCGAGACGUACGAUCACUCGACGUUGUUGAAGAUUUCCAAGAAGGGGAGCGAAUUCUUGCAGAGGAUGACGGCCUCGGGACGGUUCACGAGCGCGAUGCGCCAGUCGGUAGAUUCGUUGGUGCACGAAGCUGGUCACCUCCUCGAGGUGCGGUACGACCGCGAGUCCUCGGAUUUUUUCCUCACCGUCCCCUCGAUCGGGGUCCGCAUCCGCUCCACCAUCACGGACGUCGAAGACGUGCCGUACGUCUCGUCUCCGUACAUCCCUCCGCACAUGCUGAGCUCCGAUGCGUUCACACCGAACGCGUUGAACGGGCACAAAAAGGCAAAACGCGUGCUCGGCGGCGCCGUUCAAAGUAGUCGCGAUAUUCGCGACCCGCGCCUGAGUGAAAGUAUCUUGCUCGACUCGGUGAAAAUCAUCGUCACCGAAUACGUGCCGAUGGGAUCGAACGAAAUGGUUUCUUUCUGUAGAAAACUCGGCACGGGAGACCGCGUCGCGGGCGGUAUGUUCACCGCGGAAGCGAGCGCGACGCAGGACGAAUUCAACAUGGUGGUCGGGAUCAACGCCGACAAUAAAACCGAGCUAAAAGUCCUCGACGUCGACGAAACGCGAUUCGUAAACGUCGAGGCAGACUUGCUCGCCACCGGGGCGCCCAAGAGUAACUUGGUGCAGCAGCAAAUCGAGGUUUUCGGCAUCAACUUUCGGGAAAACGGCGCCAUCACUUACGGCAUCGUCGUCAACGGCAUCGCCGAUCGAAUUCGAAACGAUAUCAGCGUCGAUUUACUCGCGCGCUUACUUUCCGACGUCCACGAAGACACGAGCUCGCUGGUGGGAAAUUUAUUUUCCGAGCGUCAGCGCUCCAUGUUGAACAUCACAUACAAGGGCGAGCCGGACAAUCGCGACAAGUUUACGUGCAUCAUCGCCGAGCGCGCGACGCCAAAACUGAAAGCCGCGGCGUACAUGGAUGGUGAAGAUAACGAAAACGAGCUCAAGCAAGUCAUCGGCGCGACGUUUUACGCGUACGACCUGAACGAACAAGAAGUCAUCGUCUUUGGUUCACGCGGUGUCGUCGUCUUUGGUCCGCGCACCGAACGUCAUCACAAGCUUCUCGCGACAUAUUCAGCGUUCCAAGCUCGCUCGUUGUUCAUCAAAAGUGUCUUCAGCAGUUGUUUCGCGCUGAACGACGAGUUGAAGAAGACGCGAGCGUUGAUUGAAACCUAUCAGAUCGAUCCGACGAACGUAACGCGCAUUCGUUCGCGCCUCGCCGAUCACACGACGACGGUGACGAUCUUGAGCGCCACUCAGCAGUUCGUGCUCGAGUCGCUCGAAAACGUCGACACGUCUCGUGAAAAGUUGAGCGCGGAUAUGAGCGACGGCGCGUCGCAAGUGUUGUACGACUUGUUUCAGUUGGAACCGUCGUGGAAACGCUUGCAAAGACGCGCCGUUGACUUGGAAAAAGUCAUCGCGGCGUGCGUCAACGAUCUCGAGUCUCUGCGAGAAAUGAACGCCGUCAUCGGCUCACGAAGAAAGCUCCGCAUCAACGAGGCGAUAGAAGGGACGACGAAAAACUUAGAGGAUGCUUUCCGAGCGCAGGCGCGCAACAGCACCACGCUCGAGGUGACGCAAGUGAUUUUGUCGGGGACGCUCGCGUUUGACAUUCUCGAUCGAUUCACGGGGCAAUACCUUUCGUUCACCGAGAUUCGAUGGGCCGUCGAAGCGGUGCAGCCGUACAUAGUGAAUGUUCCCGCGGUUUGGUUCAUCUUGAACAUGCUCGCGUGGUCGGCGUUGGGCGGUGGAAUUGUUUAUUUGAUGCGCUACUUGGCCUACAUGCAUUGCAGCGUGGAGACGAAAAAGCUCACACUCAAUAAACCCAUUCAUUUGUCGCGAUGGCGGCGAUUCAUCGCGACGCGCAACGUGGAGUCGACGGCUUUUAAGGAGGAGAACAACCGUCGCGUGGUGAAAUACGGCUGGACCGAGCCCAUCGACGUCAAAAAGUGGAAAGGAACGCCCCCGAAGAUUAACGUCACCAUCGACGAGCGAUACGGUUUCAUCUUGCAAGCGAUGAUCAUCAUCAAUAAGCGCACGUGUACGCUCUCCGGCGAUGCGGUGUGGCGUCAAUUUUGGAGCGAUGUUUUCGUCGCUCGCAACGUCCACGAUCAAAGUCGAGAGCUGUUUGACACCGACACCGGCGACCGUUUGCAAACGGCCGAAUAUUCGUCAGAAGAAGAAGACGAGACUCGCCGCGACGUCACGGCCAAGAUCAUCGGCAUCGACAACCGAAAGUCCACGUUAAAGUGGCGCGAUGGCAGGCAAAUCCUCGCGCAAGACGACACCGACGACGACAUCGAUUCGGACGAGGAGGCGAUCGCGAAGACGGGCGAUUUGACGUUUGAAGGCUUCGUCGCGUCCAGGUCGUUGAAACUCGCUCGAGAGGAAGAGAAGGCUAAAAAGAAACGAGCGGCAAGGAUGGAAAACCUCAAACUCGACGUCUCUCGACCCUCCCGCGCGACGCAGUGCGAAUUCUACGUCGUCGGUACCUCCCACGCGAGCGCGGCGGCGGCGGCAGACGUUCGACGGGUCAUACGACGCGCGAAACCGCAGGCUGUGGUGCUCGAGCUCGACCAAGAGCGCGCCGACGCCCUCGUCGCGAGCUUCGUCGAACGCGCGCGCGUGAUCGACGAUUCCGAAUACGGGAGCGAUUUGUUGACCGGUAUCAUCGAAUCAGAGCGCGAGGACGCGCUGACGGUGUACGGGGACGUGCGGGCGAGAGGUAUAGGCGAGGCGUUGGCGGCUCGCGCGUUCGGGACGAACCCUUUCGCGAUCGAACGGUGGAAAACGGUGUUGGCGUACGUGAAAAACGCGUGGGAUGGUGGAUCCGUGGGUGUUUCGAGCGAUGGCGCGCUCGCCGCGGCGGACGUGGCGAGAGCUCUCAUGGACGAGCCGAGAAAUCUGACGCCGCUCGCGGGACCGGCGGCGGCGUUCGUCGCGGCGACGUUGGCGAGCUUGGCGAUGCCGAACGGAGCGGAGAACGGUCUCGUGGACGCAGUCGGCGUGUUCCUUGCGCUUUUAUUAUUUUGCCCGCUCGUGGAGACGCUGUGGAUGGAAAGAGACGAGGUGUUGUGCGCCAACGCGUUGAACGCCGUCGACGUGUGCUCGGGCAUCGCUCGAGGGCGGGUACGCCGCGUGCGAUUUGGGUUUUCCACCGAUCCGUCGGCGACGAAGAAGAGCAUGCAAACAUUCACCCCGAGUGAUGCUGGCGCGGUGCCGUGCUUCACGCUGAAACGUCCGCUGAAACGGGGCGAAACGAGAAGGCUGAACUUGUGGGAGCCGCGUUGGCUAGCGCUCAUGGACUCGCUCGCGGAAGCGAAUGGCGGAUCCCUCGUGGGCGCCGAGCUCGGGUGUUUACUCGGGCGCGCGAGACAUUACGUGAGUAGUUCUUGCUUUGAGAUUCUAGGCGAUGCGGCUCGACGUACUGGAACCGUGGCCGUUGAGGAUUCCAUGCGCCGCGCACGAGUGACGCGCGUGGUGGAGGGCGAGCGCCCGACGACAAAGGCUCGGAAAUUGGAGGUUUGGAUCGAAGGAAUGGACGAGUGCGACGUGCACGCGUUAGAGACACAUCCGGCUGGGUAUUUACUCGCGAGCGCGAGCGUCGAGGCGUCGCAAGCGCCGCGGAUUGAUGAAGACGACGACGAAGUCGUCACGUGCGUCAUCGUCACCGGCUUGGCGCACGCGAACGGCAUCGUUCGCGGCAUAGCCGAGGCGCAGUAG